AUCCGUUUCAUCGGUUUGGAAUGCAACUUUCCGUCAAAAGGAGAGUUCAGGCAGUUCAGGUUAACUUUCAACCGUGUGGUUUGGAAAUUUGCACGUCAGCCAGCUGGCUUUUGAAGAAACUCGGCUUCUACUUGCCGUUAUCAAACUUCUGGUUUAAGAUGUCAAACCAUGCUGAUCGCUUAAAUUAUGUACAAGAUAGCAGUAGUGACACAGAAACAGACAAAGAGACAGGAGGCAGAGAACGGCAUCGUAUUUAUAAGAAUAGAAUGAGUUGUGGUGGCUCUUCCAAACCAAAAUCUUGUCUGGUUCAAAGAGAUGGAAGCAAUGAAAGGCACUGUCAUUCCUUCAAUUCUGGCAGGCAAAACACAAAUAUUAAUCAACAAAACAGACUCUGUUCUGGGGUUGCUGUUGGAAAAAGUCAGCAGACUCAAAGUAGGGACAACUUAGCAUCAUCGGGAUCUGUUACCGGUAUAAGUAAUGCAGCAAUUAGUGAUGAACGUAUCACUCUUAUAGUAGAUAAUACUAGAUUUAUCGUUGACCCUGCACUGUUCACUGCACAUCCAAAUACAAUGUUAGGAAGAAUGUUUAGUUCUGGUAUUGAAUAUGCUCAACCAAAUGAACGGGGCGAAUACGAAGUCGCAGAUGGUAUAUCUGCCAUGGUAUUUAGAGCUAUUCUGGACUACUACAAAGGUGGAAUAAUACGUUGCCCGCCGACGGUUGCAGUUCAAGAAUUGCGAGAAGCGUGCGACUAUCUUCUUGUUCCUUUCGAUGCCAACACGGUUAAAUGUCAGAAUUUGAGAGGGUUAUUACAUGAGUUGUCUAACGAAGGCGCGCGCUGUCAGUUCGAAGUGUUCCUCGAGGACUUGAUGUUGCCUCUAAUGGUAAACAGUGCACGUAGGGGCGACCGUGAAUGUCACAUCGUUGUUUUAUUAGAGGAUGAUAUUGUCGAUUGGGACGAAGAGUAUCCCCCCCAAAUGGGAGAAGAAUAUUCACAAACUGUUAACAGUACCGCGAUGUAUCGAUUUUUCAAAUACAUCGAGAACAGAGACGUGGCCAAGCAGGUAAUGAAAGAACGGGGCUUGAAAAAGAUCCGUUUAGGUAUCGAGGGCUAUCCUACCUACAAGGAGAAAGUGAAGAAACGUGCUGGUGGACGUGCCGAGGUGAUCUACAAUUACGUACAAAGGCCGUUCAUUCACAUGUCAUGGGAGAAGGAAGAAGCGAAAAGCCGACACGUCGACUUCCAAUGCGUUAAAUCGAAGUCCGUGACGAAUCUCGCGGAAGCAACUGCCGACCCGGUGGUGGACGCAUGUGGAAACCCCGUGGAGAUUGGUCUGUUACAAGCAGCAGAACCAGCUGGACCUCAACCGGAAGUUGUGCUGCCGGUCGGUUCUGACACUGACGUCGACGGUGCCAUAGGAUUACCGGCCGAUCACGACCUCGUGCAUGCAGCACCGGUGCCGGUUGAUCAGGACCUUGGGUCGAUACCCGCCGACGAGUUACUAUGAACAUUCGUUUUAGAAACCAAGCUGAACAGACGACAGACAAGUAUUUAUGGACCGCUUUCUUCUUGCGUCAAUUUCUAAUGUUAAUCGGACUCGCUUAUCUCACAGUUUGAUUUUCACGUUUGAACGAUCAAGCUUCGAAUCCAAAGUUGAUUUUCCAAAGAGGACGCUUCGACGUGUUUUCCAUAUUUUU